AUUCUCUGAACUCUACCUCAGAGUCAUCAGGAGGAGCUGUGAUCACUAGUGUUACUUUUUCCUUUGUUCUCAGUUAUGUCUGGGAAAAUGGCUCUGCGGAUCCCCAGGGGCCCUUGGACAGCAGCUGCGAUGGUGACCUUGCUGGUGCUGAGUGCCCUGGUGGCUGAGGGCAGAGACUCUCCACGGGACUUCGUGUUCCAGACUAGGGCCCUGUGCUACUUCACCAACGGGACGCAGCGGGUGCGGUAUCUGAACAGAUGGAUCUACAACCGGCAGGAGUUCCUGCGCUUCGACAGCGACGUGGGGCAGCACCGCGCGGUGACCGAGCUGGGGCGGCCGAGCGCCGAGUACUGGAACGGGAACCAGGGACAUCCAUGGACCAGGAAGCGGGCCGAGGUGGACACGGUGUGCAGACACAACUACCCGAUGGACGAGGCCCAGGCCUUGCACCAGCGAGUGGAGCCUACAGUGACCAUCUCCCCGUCCAGGACAGAGGCUCUAAACCACCACAACAUGCUGGUCUGCUCCGUGACAGAUUUCUAUCCAGGCCAGGUCAAAGUUCGCUGGUUCCGGAAUAACCAAGAAGAGACAGCCGGCAUUGUGUCCACCCCCCUUAUUAGGAAUGGGGACUGGACCUUCCAGAUCCUUGUGAUGCUGGAAAUGACCCCCCAGCGAGGAGAUGUCUACACCUGCCACGUGGAGCACCCCAGCCGCGAGAGCCCCAUCACAGUGGAGUGGAGGGCGCAGUCUGAAUCUGCCCAGAGCAAGAUGCUGACUGGCGUCGGGGGCUUCGUGCUGGGGCUGAUCUUCCUUGGGCUGGGCCUUUUCAUUCGUCAGAGGAAACAGAAGGGAUCUCACGGGCCUCCUCCAGCAGGGCUCCUGCGCUGACUCCUGAGGAUACUUCAACUGGGAUUGGCUGUGUCUUCUGUAAUGCCUGCUUGCCCCUGCCUAGAAUUCCCAGCUGCCUGUCAGCCUGUCCCCCUCUGAGAUCAGAGUCCUACAGUGACUCCCACACAGUUGCUGGGUCACCUCCUGUGACCCUAUAGUCUGUGCCUCUGGGCUGCCAGCUGAACCUACUCAAGGCUCCAAGACAUUUUGUUUGUUUCUAUUUCCUCCCACAGACUGUUCAAGAGAAGCAUGUUAAAGCCUUCACCUGACUAUAGAGCUUUUAUUAUAAUUAAACAUGUUAUGUGUUAUCUG